GUUCUAUCAAUACACUUGCUUUUGGCUCGAGUCUGCAGGGUUCAAGAGCAACGAAACCCCCCUUCACCGUCUUCAUUGCGUUGUCAAACGAGUAUGCGGCUUCUUGAUACCGAGACCCAGGAACUCAAGUCGUUCUCGGGGAAAGGGGAACUAUGUUACGCCAUUCUUUCCCACACCUGGGAAAAUGACGAAAUCCUCUUCGACGACAUGGUGACGCCAGGUCACCAGUGGAAAGUCAAGGAGGGCGCCAAAAAAGUCUUGGGAAGCUGUCAACUCGCAAAGUCUCAAGGAUACCAAUACAUCUGGAUCGACACGUGCUGCAUCGACAAGACCAGCAGCGCUGAGUUGUCGGAAGCCAUAAAUUCGAUGUUCAAAUGGUACAUGGAGGCUGCUGUCUGCUAUGUCUACCUCACUGAUGUCAGCGACGACGGCUCGAUCAUGGGGUGCCGCUGGUUCGAUCGUGGCUGGACGCUGCAAGAGCUAAUUGCGCCAACAUCUGUCAAAUUCUAUAACCAAGAGUGGCAUUACAUUAAUGACAAGGUAUCUUUAUCAUUACAGCUUGCUACUAUCACCGGUAUUGAUGAAGCACUGCUACGCUGCGGCCAGAACACUGGCAUGGAGCCGCCGCUCAUUGGACAACAAGAUACGAAGCCCAGAAAGCAGUCAUAUGGGACUCAGAGGGCCUGCACAGUUAGCCGACUGCAUCAGCUAAGGGACUACUGCGUUGCCCAAAAAAUGAGUUGGGCCUCGAGACGUCAGACGACACGCGAUGAAGACAUGGCUUAUUGCCUCAUGGGACUUUUCGAAGUCAAUAUGCCACUUCUCUACGGAGAAGGUGGCAGCAAGGCAUUCUUCCGAUUACAAAGGGAAAUCCUGAAUACUACCCAAGACCAAUCCAUCUUGGCUACCGCCUGUCCUUCUGUAAAAUCGGACUCCUCUCCAACUGCCCUUGCUUCGGGGCCGGAUUACUUCUUGAACAGCGGGACCGUCCAUCUCAGACGUAAGCUGACAACAGUCGCAGAAGCACAUACGACAUACUCUAUGACCGUGGACCUGACAAAAUUCGGGGUCAAUGUCGAGCUUCUGAUCGCAAAUGAAAUUGGGCUUCCAUUCAGCGCGCAGCCGUGCUGGUUUGGGAUCCUCGAUUGCCAGAUGGGAAAAAGCCCACUGGGGCGUCCGGUCAUUCCGUUGCAUCCGAUCGAAGAAUUGAAUGACUCGACCAUCAUUUGCUCUCGAGGGCAGGGGCUCUUUGAGAUAUCUCCUGAGCACCCCAGUGGUGCCCGAGACCUGAAGGCCCUCAAUGGGUGGCCAGGUCCGGAGCAUCUUCCCGACCUAGGUAUUCUCGACAUCCAGAAUAUCAAAAAGCAAAAGAUCACGAUCCUUCAAAGCCUUGAACACUUGGAUCCAAGUCAUUAUCAAGAGGGUCUUCCUUGUCCUAUUCAGUGCGUUAGCAUGAGCUCCGAGUGCCAGCCAUACUCAGUUGAGUGUGAGAGCAUGGGCCGCGCCAUCCUCCAAAACCCUGGCUAUCCUCGGCUGCUCGUUUGCAUUUUCAGAGAUCAGAAUGACCGCGUUGGCUAUCGGGCGUUGCUGUGGAGUUUACACGACAUUUAUACCGAUCACCGUGCAGAGUUAGGCGGCAAUGCAGCGAGCGCGGGAGAGAUACUCGACAACCUCAAACAACGUGAUAUAGUUCUUCAACUCAGUGGCUUUGGGCUCAGGACCACAGACCCACGUCAGGGGUUCUGUAAUGGCUCUAAAUCGCUGCAGGUGAGCAGCCGCAGCUUUUCAUCCACUCGAUUUUUACGGGUAGAGGCGGAGGUCUCCACAAUGACGUUGUUAGACUGGAAGAUGCCUGAAGUCACCGUGGCCACGACUUGCCUCGGAUCACGAAAUUCUCCACCUAAGGGAUUCAUGGAGAUUGCAAAAUGGGCCACACCAUACAGUCACCAGUUACCAUGGGAUCUCUAGUCAGCGGCGCCGGCGGGAGCGAUGACUUCUAGCCCUGUCUAUUAGUACGGCACGAGGCUGAGGCCACGUGCCCACGUGUUGUAUUCUCUAGGCACUGCUAUCGGCAUUGUGUUUGGUCUUGAGCGUUCAUCACUGCACAGAGGCGCCACAUACGUUUAUAUGUAUGGGGAUCAGAAACUAAACCACCAGUCUAGGGUCGAACUCUCCCUAGGAAGUGAAUGGUUGUCUAGUUCCUCAACGGCCACUGGAUGUGCAGACGAGGACUUCCAUGCCAUCACAUCAUAAUUAUCUUGAAUGUGUAUGGACUAUGCCAUGCGUACUGUUUGGCUUUACCUUGGUUUCAUUUUAUCCUCUACGCGUCCGUGACUCUUUCAUACCCCUACGUCUAUUCUUUGGUUUCAGCCACGCCAUUGCACUUAUCGGGGGACCGGCG